AUGGAUAACCCAGUGAGACACCCCGAUAGACCCAAAACCAAAGAUGCACGACAUUCAUCCAUGGGUGAAUGUUCCGAUGAGAAGGGAUUUGUCCCAGCACCAUAUUUGCCUAACGCAGGAAAGCGAAUGGGAGGAGAGUUAAUCGAGCGACUGCGAGCGACCACGGAUGGAUCACUUCGAGGCUGUAUCCUGAGAAAAUGUGGUGCUAUGAUCACUCCCGCCACCCAGUCGAGGCAAAACAAUGCUUACUUUGAUGACCCUUUCAACGGCCAUCGCCUUCGCGAAUUUGCGGUAGAACUCAUCAUAUGUUGGAAGUUCAACAAUGGAAUUGCCUUGGGCCUCAGUAUUCAACGUACCGCCUCAAGCACGGGAGUGUCGCAGCUUGGACUCUUCACCGUAUCUGCCAUUACGUUCCUCGCCAUAACCUUGGCCUCCAUGCCUAAGUCCGGCUUUCAGCCGCUCUUCUCGGAUGUCGAGACAUUACUGGUACUGGAUUAG